AUGAGUGAAGAAUGCAAAAACAAUUUCACAUUCAACAGUCAAUGCGGAGAAAAGGAAGUCACAGAAAUACAUAGAAAAUUGUCUGAGAAAUGUUCUUUGGAGAAUUUGCGUAAGAGAGACGAGUAUAACAGAAUGAAACAUUUGACUCCACGUCAGAGGUUACACUUGCAAAAACAAGAAGAUGCAGACCGAAAAGCUGAGAGGGUAAAAGAAGAAAUUCGACUGCAGCAACUGAAAAAUAAGAAAAGAAAUGAAACGAUUAAAGAAGUAAAGAGGAAAAUUUAUGUUCCAGCUUUCCAAGGUGGUGACGGGGAAGGAGAAGCGCUACAAAAAGCCCUCACAGUUACUGUGGAAACAGACACACAGAAAAACACAGAAAUCCAUAUUAUGGAUUCUUCCAUCUCCUGGGAUUCAUUAAACUGGUCUUUAACACCGCCUUCAGGAGUUGCAAACUUUAAUCCUGAUGACCGGCCAAUAACACCACUGCACAAGACAUUUUCCUCUGGACAAAAUCUUUACAAUGAUUUUGAAGAUGGAAUUCCAACCACUCCACAAUUGGCUGAAACAUAUUACAUUGAUGAUUUUGAACCAGACAGAGAUGAUGAGGCAGAUGAAACUCUAAAACCUUUACAAACUCUCAAUGGAGAUGAGACGAACCAAGAUAUGGAAAUGUUUUUGGGAUGUUUGCAGUCUGCACUUAAUGGCCCUGAUCAAGAUAAUGACAGCACACUUACCAUUGACAACACAGGAGCAUUUGGACCUAAAGCCAGAAAUAACAAAAUCAAAAGUUUAAGACGAGAAUGUAUCGGUGCUCUUGGAGAGGAGAUAUUUAAACAAGUCUAUCAAUACCUGAAGCAAGUUCAUCAUGAAAAAAUGAAUGAUUCCAGCCUAAAGAUCAUAGAAUUGUCUGUCGAGAUAAUAUUAUCUUUCUUUCUUAAUAUUUCCUCUUUCUUUCAUUCUAUCUCCUCUUUCUUUCUUUCUUAA